UUGUUUCUUUUGUAGGAUUUUUCAAGGAUGAGGUUGGAUGGGAUCAUUUUUGCAUUACUUAUCGCUCACUGUGUUGCAGAAUGCGAAGAAGGAUGGGAAACACCCGGGGAGAAUUCUAAUUGCUACAAACUGUUUACGGAGAAGAAAACAUGGGAUGCUGCAAACGAUGACUGUCGAAACAUAAGCUCUCACUUGGUCAAGGUAGAUUCUGAGGAAGAAAACACUUUUUUGCUGAGGACAUUCCUGCAAGUCCCUAAAGGCGAGGUAAAUCGAGAGGCAUGGAUUGGACUCACGGAUAAACUCGAGGAAGGAGAAUUUGUCUGGACAGAUGGAACACCAGCAGAGUACACAAACUGGGCCGAAGAACAGCCAAAUGAUGAGGAUAACGAACAGGACUGCGGUGAAAUCGCCAAUGGAGUCUUCUGGCCUGACGGUCCACCGCAAAUUGGAGUUUGGAACGAUUUUCAGUGUGAUGAAAAUCUCAUGUACAUUUGUGAAAAGGAACCUUAA